AUCGUCCAUGGCGACGUUACACCUUCCGGUUAAAUAAUGACAAUAUUUAUAUUUACGGGCGACAAACCGAUCAAUCGUUUAGAAUUACGGUCUCCGUCUUUGUAUUCCAGCGUGACGUAGCGUUAUCGCAUAGACCGAUAAAUCAUUCAACACAUCGUUCCAGAGAAAAAGUGAGAGAAAACUCCCGCCCGUCGAAAAUAAUCUGAAACAUAAUCCAAAACCAAUUUCUCAACCUUUUUCGCGUUCCACCUCUGAGACCACCUCAAGGAAAAGCAUAUUCCUUCAAGUUUCUUGCAAAAAAACUCACCUUAACCAAAAUAGGAGAAUUACUUUUAAACGUCACUACCAAACUCCCAGCAUCAUUUUGAACUUCUUUGGAAGUGCCCUUAAAACGAUAUAGAGCUUUUUUUUGUUGCAUCCACAAAUACAUUUAUUUUUUAAUUUACUAAACUUUCGUGUAUAACUUUAACUGUAAAAUCGUAUUCCACAUAUAGAAAGCAAUGCUUUGAUGUGCACGGCUUCGAUUUCGAUUUCUUCCGGUGUUCCCCACGGCAGCCAUCUCGGGCCUCUAUUUUUCAAUAUACACAUAAAAAAAAUGAAAAUCUCUCCUUUUAACUGCGAAACGCCCCUUUGUUAUGGUAAUUUUAAAAGCCACUUUAGGAUUCACUACUCAGCCGAGAGUCCGAUCUUGACAGAUUUGUAACUGUCAAAGUGAAAACUUAUUCUCAAUCUUGGAAAAUGUCAAACUGUAGAAACACUACUAUAACUUUUGAUCCUUAAAAAGCUGUAUAAUUCGUUACUUUAAAGCAAACCUAGCUUUGGUCCUUCUGUUUUUAACUCGCAAUAGCAAAAAUACGAGGUGUGUUCGAAAAGUGAAGUGACUUUUGUAAUUGGGUCGCAAAAUCAAGCGACAAAAAAUCACUUUCACUUGAAUAACAUCAAUUGGCGAAUUGACGUCUUAAAAUGUCGUUUAACAGUUCUACCAACUCAUUGAAUUUGAAGGUUAUGUGUGACGAGUCUCGUUGUUUUGGAACAGUAUUUAUUUAUAAUAAUUUAUAGUGAAUUGAAAUGGUUAAGCCCCAGCUUGAACUAGUCCGUCUUAGUUAAUGAAAUGUUUAAAAGACCAGCUUUUUGGGAAAAUACAAGUAUGGAAUGGAAGAAGAACAAUUCCUCUUCUCCGGUGGCAACAACUUAACAUCAUAGAAAAAGAGUUUCUCUACUUGGAAAAACUCUAAACACGAAAUUCACACCACAGAAAACCAACUGUAUUACAUAAACGUUCACAAAUAAAAGGCUCGAAGCUAUACAUACACCGUUUGUCUAAUUACGCAUUCGAAAUCUACAUCUCAAGAGUUUUAUUUAAGGCACGAACCUCGCAACAUCUCAUUAAUUUUAUAAAUGGUCAUCAUUUAACGAACCCUUUUAGCAGUUGAUGUUGAUGAUCACUUAUGGAGCCCGUUUCCGAAUUUAAAAAAUAAUAAGCUUGCAUCGCGCACGAUCCUUUGCUGAUAAUAAUAAUAGGAGCCACGUAACCAUCAUCACUUGUACCACCAUCUGCGAUUUCAUUCUGCUUAUAACAACAAUAACCUUAAAAGUUUUGAAUUUCAUACAAGCCUCAACUUUAGUUUUCAAAAAAUAUACAAAGGCCGUCUUGCUAUGAUCAUCCUUGAGAAUCGUAAAAUAUUUUGUUUCUCUCAAUCACUUGACUUUCAUAAGGCUAUACAAGUCAAUGUGUCUCUUGAACCCUUGUUUAGCUCUAAAUCUCCUAUGCUUUUAUUCAUUAAUUCGAGAUCUUUGGAUCCUUAGAAGUCCUAACCUCCGGUGCCAAGUUUUGCCUGAGAUACCAAUUGAACUGCUCAAUAAAAUUGUAUAAUUUUGUGUUUUCACAUUCCUUAUUGAAAAUCUUACAACCACCAGGUUCUAAUGCACUAUAUUUCUGGUCGAAGCAUACUUAACAUGAAGGUUAUUUUUAAAAUUUAGUUAUUUCAAUUAACCAAUAUUAUAAGAAUGUUAAAUUCUCAAAUUCGAGAUAUGUAAAUGAAGCUUCGUGUAUGUGUAACCCGUGCCAACGAUCCAUUUUUCCGCAAAAUGGCGCCAUCGCCCGCAUACGCGGUGACGUAACGACGUGUAGUAAAAGUGAAAUCGGCCCUGAUCACGCACCGACGCUUUGAAACAGGUGGAGGUCGCGAUAUGACCGCCUCCCGCGCCCUCUCUCUGGUCGAACGGAAGAAGCUCCAAUGGGCCAAAGAACGGGAAGAGCUGGCACGUUUGGGAGCUCCUUGGGGACCCGCCGCGUCCAGACGUGGCAGCCUGCCCCCCCUCCACAAGAACCAGUUCAGCUCGUCGGGGGGCUGCGACGGGGGCGGCGAGACCUCCGGUUACGGCAGCGACAACAACCCCACGCCCGAAACGGGCAGAGGGUACGAGUCCUCGUCGAGUUGUCGCGACGACAGACCCAGGUGGGGCGACAAGGCCAAAUUCUGGAGGGCGCCGGACGAUCACAAGGCCAGCGAGCCGCCCAAUUGGGUCAAGAGGGGUCUCCAAGACGGCGCCAUAGUGGUCGCGAAUUCUUCGCCCUCCGUUUCGCCGGAACAGAGGUACGAAGAAUGCGACAGGCCCGGCACGAGCUCGACCUUCAGCAACCACAGGACGUACAUCAGGGGUCAGAACAUCCCGUUGGACGCGCUCGAGCUGGCGGAACGCGAACGACGCAGGCAGAUGGCGCUCGCGCACCAGGAGGCCAUCAGGCAGCAGCUGGAGGAGCGCGAAAGGAGACGACGGGAGGAGAGGGAGAGGCGUGAAAAGGAGGAACGCGAGGAGGAGAUGAGGAUCGAGAGGGAGCGCGAAAACGACCGCCUGCGCAAGCUGGAGGAGGAGAGAGCGCUGCAGGAGAAACUGCAGAGGGAGAGGAAGAGGAAGGAGGCAUUGAGCGAGGCCGUCGAGGUGGCCGAGAAGGAGGCGAAGCUAGAAAAGAUGAGGCUGAGGUUGCGAAAGAUCGAGGACGCAGAGGAGGUGGGGAAAGCGACCGUCGCCGACGUCAAAGAGGAGGACGCGGCGAAACCUGCCAGCCCCGCGGAUGAGAUCAUUAACAACCUCCAAGAGACAUCGGAUAACGCGUUGGCCAAAAGUUCGCCCCGUCGGAACAGUACGCCCGUGAUCUCUACCCCCAGGGUCGACAAUAAUUUUGCUUUCGUCAUGCAUCCGUCGCUGGAAAACUUACAGUACGCCCUGCUGAUUCCCGCCACCCCCCAGCUACCCAUAGCCAUCCCCAUGAGUAUUCCUACGACUGCCAGAACGAUAGAUACCAGGGUGCUCACCCCCACUAGGUUCAGGACAAAGUGCGACAGCAGUACCCAAACCGACCUCAGCAUAUCUUCCGCGAGGUCCUCGUCGGAAACGAACGACUGCUGCCGCGAGAAAUACCUGCGCGAAAAGUUGACCAACCUCGAGCUCAGCUACGAGAGAUCGAGGAAAGGGAGGAGGAGCCGGAGCGAAAGCACAGAGGAGAGGCCCAAGUGGGGGGUGAACCGACCUCCGACGAGGUACCUGAAACAGAGCGAGAAGGACCCGCUCUAUCAGCGACGCAAGCUGAGGCAGAAACAGCGUCGGGAGAGCGAGAAGAACUCGAGCGACGAAAGUCAGACGGGAACCCCCAAGUCGUACCGGAAAAAGAUCCACGGGAGGGCCAAGUGGAGGACGCGGGAGGAGAUGUUCACGAGGAACGUGGAAAUGUACCAGCUGGAGGCCGACGGCGAUCGGAUUUACUACAAGUGUUGCUGCAGGUGCAAGUGUCGGAGGCGCGACUGCGCCGACGUGUUAAAAAUCGCGGAGGGUUCCCCCCGCGGGGGUUGCGAUGUAGAUGCAGACAAUAAAGUCGAUAUCCUGAGCAAGUUGUCUUCUUUGCGUUCCGGCCUCCUGUUGGAGCGGGAGCGGUGGGAGAACUCCCCCAGGUCCCCCGCCGCGACCCACCGAGACUGA